CGGGGCGUGUGCGGGGCGCGGACCGAGUGUCGCCGCGGGGGCCGCGCCCGCCCGUGUGUCCCGCGCUCUCGGCGCGGACAAUAGACGGUCCGAGAACGCUAACGGGCCCGCCCGGGGGCCGGGCGCGCGCGCUUCGCUCCGGGCACGGGCAGCGGGUCCUGAGCCGGCCGGCCGCAGCGACAACAAAGAGCGGCGCCCGCGCGCGGGAGGGGCGGAGGGCGCGCUGUGCCCGCGGCCUCCGCCCGCCCCCGCCGGCGCGCGCCAAUCGCCGCCCCCCGCCCGGGUGUCAGCAGCAUUGUAGUGUCAGCUCCCGCCGUGACGUUGCGCCGCCGGUCCCCCUCCGGCGCGUCUGGCUGCGGACGCUCAGUCCAGAGGCGGGGAGGAGCGGCGGGGAGGGGCCCGAGCAGCAACGCGCUGUCGCCGCCGCUCGCUCGGCGCUCGGCAUUGUGGCCAGCGAGCCGGCGCGGGGGCCACGCGCGGCCGCAGCUCCCGCUCGCCCCCACCGCGCCCGCUGCCGCGCCCGGGGCGGGAACCCCGGCGGGGGCGCCUGCAGCCGCUGCCCCGCGCCGUGGCCGAGGCCACGGAGCCCUCGGCCGCCCGCCGGCCUCCCCGCCCCUGACCACUCGCUUCCCGGCUGCCUUUGUGGCCGCAGCGCCUCGCCGCCGAGCCCGGGCCGGCGGGGGCGCGGCGCACGGCCGAGCCAUGCCCAGCUCGUUGUUCGCAGACCUGGAGCGCAACGGCGGCGGCGGGGGCGGCGGCGGGGGCGGCGGCGGGGGCGAGACCCUGGACGACCAGCGUGCUCUGCAGCUCGCGCUGGACCAGCUCUCGCUGCUCGGGCUGGACAGUGACGAGGGCGCCGCGCUCUAUGAAAGCGAGCCGCGCAAGAAGAGCGUGAACAUGACCGAGUGCGUCCCGGUGCCCAGCUCCGAGCACGUCGCCGAGAUCGUGGGGCGGCAAGGUUGUAAAAUCAAAGCGCUGCGCGCGAAAACCAACACUUACAUCAAGACCCCAGUCCGCGGGGAGGAGCCCGUCUUUGUUGUGACGGGCAGGAAGGAGGAUGUGGCCAUGGCCCGGAGGGAGAUCAUCUCAGCCGCAGAGCACUUCUCCAUGAUUCGUGCCUCCCGGAACAAGAGCACGGCCCUCAACGGCGCGGUGCCCGGCCCCCCAAACCUGCCGGGCCAGACCACCAUCCAGGUGCGCGUGCCCUACCGCGUGGUGGGACUGGUGGUGGGGCCCAAGGGUGCCACGAUCAAGCGCAUCCAGCAGCAGACGCACACGUACAUUGUGACGCCCAGCCGCGACAAGGAGCCCGUGUUCGAGGUGACAGGCAUGCCCGAGAACGUGGAUCGCGCCCGCGAGGAGAUUGAGGCGCACAUCGCGCUGCGCACGGGCGGCAUCGUGGAGCUCACGGAGGAGAACGACUUCCACGCCAACGGCACGGACGUGGGCUUCGAGCUGCACCACGGCGCCGGCGGGGCCGGCCCGGGCAGCCUGUGGAGCAAGCCCACGCCCACCCCGAGCCGCAAGGCCUUUUCCAGCUACCGCAACGACAGCUCCAGCUCGCUGGGCAGCGCCUCCACUGACUCCUACUUUGGCGGGGGCACAGGCGGCAGUGCCGCUGCCACCCCGCGCCUGGCAGACUACAGCCCCCCUAGCCCCGCGCUCAGCUUCGCGCAGGGCGACGGCCACAACGGGCACGGCUACGCCUACCCAGCCGGGGACGCCCCAGCACCCUCGCCUGACGCUGGCACCGAGCUUCAGCCCGCCUUCGACCCGGCUCCCGCGCCGCCUGCUGGGGCGCCGCUGCUCUGGGCCCAGUUCGAGAGGUCUCCAGGGGGCGGCCCCGCCGCGCCAGUGGCCUCGUCCUGCUCCUCUUCCGCUUCUUCGUCUGCGUCCUCCUCCUCCGUGGUCUUCCCCGGGGGCGGUGCCGGUGCCCCCACCAAUGCCAAUCUGGGGCUGCUGGUGCACCGCCGGCUGCACCCGGGCGCCAGCUGCCCGCGCCUGUCCCCACCGCUGCACAUGGCCCCCGGGGCCGGCGAGCACCACCUGGCGCGCCGCGUGCGCAGCGACCCGGGAGGCGGGGGCCUGACCUACGCCGCCUAUGCCAACGGGCUAGGGGCGCAGCAGCCCGACACAUCGGGCUCAUCCUCGUCGUCCAGCUCCUCCUCCAGCUCGUCGUCCUCGUCCUCGGGGCUGCGCCGCAAGGGCAGCCGCGACUGCUCCGUGUGCUUCGAGAGCGAGGUGAUCGCCGCGCUGGUGCCCUGCGGCCACAACCUCUUCUGCAUGGAGUGCGCCAACCGCAUCUGCGAGAAGAGCCAGCCCGAGUGCCCCGCGUGCCACGCCGCCGUCACGCAGGCCAUCCGCAUCUUCUCCUGAAGCCACGUGUGGCGCCCGGCCCGCCCCGCCCCCCCCCCCCGCACGCUCCGCCCCGGCACCGGCACCGCAGCACCAGCUCAGAGCAGGCUGUGUCCCCGCCGAUGGCGAGGGCGAUGGCGAGGAC